AUGAUCACACCUGAACAAAAUGCAGAAUUUAUUGCUAAUCCUACUAAAGAUGAGGUUAAGCAUGCAGUGUUUGUUUUGAAUAAUGCAAGUGCAGGUGGACCUGAUGGAUACACAGGCAUGUUUUUCCAAGCAUGUUGGGAUAUCAUUGGAGAUGAUAUAUACAAUAUGGUAUGGGAUUUCUUUGGAGGUAUGCAACUACCUGGGGGUAGAAGUAUAGUGGAGAACAUCUUAUUAACUCAAGAGAUUAUAUCUGAUAUUAGGCUCAAAACUAAUAAAGGAAAGAAGAAUGGAAAUCAAAUAGUCCCUAAUGUUGUAAUGAAGCUUGACAUGACAAAAGCUUAUGACAGAUUGUCAUGGCUUUUUCUCACAAAUGUCAUGAGGAGAAUGGGAUUUUCUGAGAGGGGUAAAGCAAGUGAUCCAUUGUCACCUACUUUGUUCAUUCUAACAGCUAAAGUUUUGUCUAGAGCACUGAAUUCAUUGAAUGAUAAUUUGUGGUAUACUGGUUUUGGGUGCAUAUAUAGGCACGCCUCUGGUUUUUUGAUAAAUAAAGCAAAAAGUUCAGUGUACUUGCAUGAUAGGGUGGAUGAACAAGUGUUUCAAAAAGUACAAAGAAUUACUGGCAUUACUAGACAAGCAUUUCCAUUGAUGUAUCUUGGCUGUCCUAUUUACUAUAGCAGGAGCAAGAUGUGUUUUUACUCAGACUUGCUUGCUAAAGUAAGAAAUAAAUUACAAGGUUGGAAAGGCAAACUUCUGUCCUUUGGAGGAAGAGCAAUUUUAUUGAAGCAUGUUCUGCAGGCAAUGACAAUGCAUCUCUUGUCUGCAAUAGAUCCUCCAUCAUUUGUGAUCACAAAGCUGCAUAAGAUUUUUGCUCAGUUUUAUUAG